CCUGCUCCCAGCAUGCACCUGGCCCACUGGGCCUCCAGCAAGACUGUUGAGGCCCAGGUCAAAGGUCAUGUGGUCUGUGUCCUUCACCUGCAGCUGCAGUGGAGCUGCAGCCACCAGGGGGGGCAAAACACACAGGUCUGCAGCUCUCACUGUGGAUCAGCCGCCUUCCGGGCCACAGCCAGGUUGGUGAUUGAUGACGGGACAGCUGAAGCUCAUGUCUGGUUGUCAGGGCGACCGGUCCAGGCUGCGCUGGGAUUGGCUGAUUCCCAGUGGGCGGGGCUCCAGAGGGCGGUCAGGGUCAGAGGUCAGGUCCAGGUGUUCCCUGGGGGGCGGAGCCUGAGGACAGACGGAGACACUGAGGACGUCCUGCUGCACUUCCUGCUGUCCCUCUGCAGCGGUGAUGUCAUCGGGCAGCAGGUCAUCCUCACCUGCAGGAAGCGGACCAAUCAGAGCUCAGCAGAGGUGAGACGCUUCAGCCGAGGAGACAGAGACUUCCUGACCAGGAGGCUCCGCCCCCUGCAGCUCACCUGUUCUCACCUGGAGCUGCAGGAAGAAUCAUGAUGACCCGAGUCAGAACUCCGAGUCAUCUAUCUGACCUGGACUCACCUGGAGACAAGAUGAACAUCAAGCUUCCUGUUCACCUGUUGAACCUGUUCACCUGUUGAACCUGUUCACCUGGAUGUUGAACAGUCAGUAAAUGUUCCCCAGCAGAUCUCAGUCUGACAGAAACACCUGGACAGGUGAGUCCACUGCACCUGGUCCAAUUACUGACUGUCAUCAGAUCUCUGUCAGGCUGCAGGUCUUGGACUUGGACUAGGCCGUUUGAGUUUCUGUUCAUUUAUUAAAAACAUUUUUUCCUCUCA